AUGAUUAAGUCGACCGCAGUCUCCACCCUCGCGUUGGUCUGUGCCGCCUCCGCCGUUAGCGCCUACCAAGGACACGUUGAACGCGAGCUUAUCCUCAGCGGUGAAGUUGUCCCCGCCGGAACCAAGACGUACGUCGCCGGCCUACGCAUCAAGAGGGACUCAGACAGCUUGUGCGGUGGCACCCUCAUCACCCCCACCCACGUCCUCACCGCCUCACAUUGCGCGGCCUACGGAUUCCACUGGGCCUCGAUCGGAGAGCACUAUCGGAAUGGCACGGAAAUCGGCGAGCAGAUCAAGAUCGUGUCGCUGAUGAAUCACCCAAACUACUCCGAGCUCGUCCGGAACGCAGACGACUUCAUGGUCGUGGAGCUCGAGAGACCCAGCAAGUUCAAACCGGUCAAGCUCGCCGCGGCCGACGACUCGGACUUCAAACCGGGGAGGAUGGCCACGACGAUGGGAUGGGGAACGAAAGCGGAGACGGGCGAGAACUUCUCGUACGAGCUGCAGCGCGUGGACGUCCCGUUGGCGAGCGAUCAAGCGUGCGCAGCCUACGAGACGGUGGACUCGAGUAUGGUGUGCGCUGGUGGCGAGGCAAACCGCGACUCGUGUCAGGGCGACUCGGGUGGCCCGCUCAUUGUCGAGUCGGCUGAGGGUGACGAUGUGCUGGUUGGCGUUGUGAGCUGGGCGAAGGACGAUACAUGCGGCAGGGCGGGCUACUACGGCAUCUACUCUCGAGUGUCAAGUGCACGGGCGUGGAUUGAGACCAUCACGGGCGGUAGCGGCACUUGUCUUCCGUGAUGCCAACCACUUAUGAAAGCAUCACCGAUAAACAAUACAACGUUCCGAGCUGAUCU